AUGCGCCGUAUAACCUGCUUCAAGGCGCAGCACCCGCUGCCUGCGGCGCGCCCUGCGACCCCGCCGCCGCCGCCGUUUGAGCCGCUGUCGCCCGCUCUGCCGCCGGCGACGCGCGCGCUCCCACCGCUGCCGCAGCCUCCGCCGCAGCCACACCCGGCCCACGCCUGGGCCCCGGGCUCGCCCAUCGCAGCCCUCGCCGACGCUGCCGUUGCCUCGCAGCACGCCAGCCCGCCGCACGUCGACCACGCGCGCCGCGCCUCGUACGCUGCACCCUCGCCCGCGUCCCGCGCCCUCGCCCAGCCGCACGCCGACCGCGCCCCGGCCCUCGCCUUCCCCGCCUACACGUACGACGAGCGCCCGUCCAAGCGCGCGCGCUCCGAGUUCUACAGCGCCUCGUCGCCCACGUACGGCCUGCAGCACUCGCGGCCCGCCACGAGCCACAACCCGGGCUGGGCCUACAACGUCGAGCACAUGGUGGACACGGGCAUGCGCAUGUACCAGGACGCCGCGCCCCACCCCAAGCAGGAGCACAACCCUGACAAACGCUUGUCUGACGCUCAGCUGCUGCUCGACUUCUUCCAGGUCUCGGCCCACACCGCCCAGACGCCGCCCUCGACGGCCAAGCGGUUGAGCGUCUCGCAGGUCGCCCCGCCCUAUCCACAGCAAUACCCCCCGCUGCCCUCUCCCCACCUCGCACAGCACCUGCCCGUCCCGGUGAGUCCGCACGCCGUGGCUGCGCAGCACGCGGUCCACCAUGCGCCGCUGCCCCGUCCCUCUGACGUCGCGCACGUCCCAGACCCGCCCUCGCUUCCCGCCCACGUUACAUUGCCUGCGCCCGCCGUCCAGACACGCACACCGCCGGAAGACAGCUCCGCCGCGCACCCUCCACCUCCAAUGUCCAACACUGCCACCUCAGAAGACGCAAAGCCGAAAAAGCACCAGGGCUGGCCCAAGGGCAAGCCGCGCGGCCCCCGCAACACCCCCUCCAGCAGCAGGAGGAAGAAGGCCGCACCCAAAUCCAAGAGCGCGUCUUCAACUAGCUCCAAGGGCGCCGCUGAUCGCGCUCCAUCGCCGCUGAGCAAUGGCGUCUCCGCGACCGCAAGCGCGUCUGGCGCGUCGUCCACCACCAUCACGCCGCCUUAUGACCAGCCAUUCGGCGCGCGUCGCCGCUCCUUCUCGAGUUCUUUUUUAGCAUUGCCGACCACUGAUAUACCUUCUGCAGCUGUGCGCGCCCGGUCUGCUCCACUCCAGACGCUGCUCACCACAGCACCACCGGCCGUCGAAACGAUUCGGCGGCCCAAAGCCCAGCAGGUCGCCGAGCCAGACCUCAUAUGCGCCUCGUGCAAGUCGUCCGACUCGGAGGUCAAAGUUGGUGACGGCGAGCAGUGGAUCGGAUGCGAUGGUUGCAAGGAGUGGUACCACUAUGCGUGCGCUGGGUUCAACAGCGAGCGCGAGGUACGAGACGUGAAUAAGUUCUACUGCGAGCCGUGUAGACCCAAAUUCGGUCAAACAACGAAGGUUCGCAAAUCUGUCAGAGCUCACACUACCGUUGAUUACGCCGGCUUGAACCAGGGCCUCCUGAGAACAUCCGACGACAAUCCCGAGCACCACUACAUCGCCGCUUUCAAGAACGGAGACCUCACGUUCACGCCCGAAACAUUCGCACGCAUGCCGCCUGAGCUGGUCUCGGCCGACUACAUGGAGAAGAGCAACGGCUUCCGCGAGCCCAUCCUCAUACCCGGCGCCUUCAAUCCUCGCCCUUGGUCGACGUCCGACUCAGCUCCUGAAUCCGCCACAUCCAGCGAACAGCCCCAGUCGGCGCACGACGAAGCAGAUGACAUCUUCGAAUACGAAACGAUCGCCGACGACGGACAAGACAAGCUGGGCAUGGUCAUACCACAAGGUCUGACCGUUCGUCGCGUUGCUGAGCUAUAUGGACCGAACGAGACGGUGCCAGUCAUCGACGUCAAGGCGCAAGAGGGCGAGGCCAAAAAGUGGACCAUGUCAAAGUGGGCAGACUACUACGAGCAACAAGGCGAAAAGCCGGUGCGGAAUGUCAUCAGCCUGGAAGUCUCGCGAAGCCGGCUAGGCAAGCUGAUUCAGCGGCCACAGGUUGUGCGAGAUAUGGACCUGCAAGACUCUGUGUGGCGCGAAGACGACAAGUUUGCGCCGCCGCCUGUGCAGUUCUACUGUCUGAUGUCCGUCGCGGACUGCUUCACAGAUUUCCACAUCGACUUUGGUGGUUCGUCAGUCUACUACCACAUCGUGAAGGGCAAGAAAGUCUUCUUCUUCAUUCCACCAACGAAACAGAACAUGAAGAAGUACGAAGAUUGGUGCCUCUCGCCCAAUCAAGGCCACGACUGGCUUGGCAAGCAAGUCAAGGAGUGCUAUCGCGUGGAUCUUUAUCCUGGAGAUACUAUGUUGAUUCCAUCCGGCUGGAUCCAUGCCGUCUGGACACCAGAGGACAGCCUGGUCAUUGGUGGCAACUUCCUGACUCGCAUACAUUACGGCAUGCAGUUUCAGGUCCUGGAAGUCGAGAAGAGUACCAAAGUGGCUCAGAUGUUCCGUUACCCGUUCUUCCAGAAGAUCAUGUGGUUGACAGUCAUCAAAUAUCUCGAAGAGGAUCCAGUCCCCAACGCAGUGCAGGAGCUUCUGCAGAGAGGCGAGCAGUUCCAGCGCGACAUACCCAUAUAUUGCGAGCCCGACAAGUUCGGCCACAACUCGCAUCUUGGCCCGGCGAACUACAACAGACGGUACUACCCCAAACACGAACUCGAAGGACUCACGGAUGUGUUGAAUUACAUCCACAGGACUGUCAUGAUAUCGCUGGACAAGAUCGAGAUGCCGCAAAGGACACGCAACGCAGUCACAAAAUCGAUACCGAAGGGUCAUGGCGAUCCAGUUGUCCUAGAACGCCACUUCGCCAUGUUCAUCGCGUGGAAGCGUGGCAACGAAACCAUUCCAGCUUGGGCUAUCUCUGAUAUCCCACUGUCCGUACUAGUUGAGGUAGACGAGAAACGAUCGACGGUUUCUCCGAUGAAGCAGGUUGAACAAGAGCCCCAACAUGAGUUUCCGGAGAUGCACUUGGACAGACUACCAGAAUCUGUCCAGACAUACGACGCAUCGCCACCAGUCCAAUUUGACCCCAAUUAUAUGGUCGACACCAACGCUAUGGCCGAACCUGUUACGCCCUCUUCUGCUGCUCCCAUGACCGGGUUUCUCCGUCCCAGCGCGAACAAUCCUCACAUUACCACCCCGAAGACAUCUCAGCUGGGCCCGAAGCGUGUUGCUUGCGAUGCCUGCCGGAAGAGACGGAUCAGAUGCAAGCACAAGGACGAGCUUGUAGACUCUUCAAAGCCUGGCAUGCACACCAUUGACCUCUCUGGCUCGUACGGUAUCUCUGUCAAACGCCGUCUGAGCGACCACUCCAUCGUCGAUGGUCACACGGCCACUGCGGCUGGUCCUGUGAAUGGUGGACCCAUCAUGGCUGACGUGAAUGGCGACCCUUACGCUUUGAAGUCUGGUCGAGUCAAAGCAUGUGCCGAUUGUCGCAAGAGCAAGCGCCGUUGCAUACACGACGAAUACGGCAACGUCGAUCCCAUCAAGGCAAAUGAAGUUCCUGUGCCUCGUGGCUCUGCAGCAAAACGACGACGUGUCAGCGAAGACGAUACGACUACGAUGUCUAAGAGGGUGAAGCAGGAGUCUUCCAUUGACGAAGGCGGGUUCAGCAACGGGCAUCAUCCGCGUCAUUCCCAAUUCAACAUGGGUGGCUCUUUACUUCAAGACAUCGCGUACUCCGCUCAGCAAGCACUCGGGCCAGAUGACGAGCCUAUGCCUAUCGACCCAGCACUCCAGGGAUACUCCCACGAUGAGUACCCUUCAACUAGCAUGCCGCCCUCUUACUCACAGACAGGCGACAUGAUCAUGUCCUCCAUCGAGCAGCAGCGUGGUAGUCACGAACCAAUGGAUGGUGUCCAGUACCCGACAACAAACGGUCAAGGGCCUAGUGUUGAGCCGCUCACCCCAGGGCCACUGCCGUAUCUCGAGCCAAGGCAGCAGGGGAACAGUCGCCGCCGGAUGAACGGCUAUAUGCCUUACCCUCCAGCACAACACGAUGCAGUUCGCCCGAUAUCCUCCCCAGUAUCGCCUCGCCACGUGCGAGCUCCAUCACCAACCUCGCCUACCACCAUCCACAACUUGUUCACAACCGGCUCCGACUUCAUUGCUCCUGUCACACCUACCGCACCUCAACGCACUGUGCCAUCCUCGACCCACAAGUCUGCCCAGCGCAGCAGCCGCACGCCCAAGACCACCCCCGGCGGCCGGCGCCGCGACAGCAAAGACAGUGUCAAGCUCGAGCAGGGCCUGAGUAUGGCCAUGACGCUCGGCAUGGGCAUCAACCUCGACUUCAUCGACCCCAACCUCGACCAGGCCAGCCGCGACCUCAUCAAGCAGCUGCAAGCCGAGGAGCACGGGCUCCGCAGGCGCAGUCGCGGCGAGACCUCGGCCGCGUCGCCGUCGCACCCGCCGCCGCAACUCACGCCCACGCGCGCCCAGGCCGGCGUGUGA